AUGGAGAUACGCUCUAUCGGAGGGGAAGAGACCUUCUAUGUAAAGAAACGUGUGGUGAGAAAGGGAAAACGGACACCUCAGCGCACGUUCAGCAAUCUGUUGGGUAGGAGUAUCCAUGAUAUUAUUGAUGAGUUGGAUAACGAGCGCAUGGAGAAAGUCAUGGCGGCCAGCAAGCAGGCGUCGGAUAUGUUCGAUGCGGCACUCAAUGAGACGGACGAUGGUGUCGAAGCAGACAAUAUACCAUUGCCAGUAGAUCUGGAUGAGAGACCCGGCGACCAGUUAUGGGUCACCAAGUACUCGCCCAAGAGCUACAUGGAGUUGUUGAG